GCCUCAACGUGGCUGGGGUUGCCCAGCUUGAGCCACACUUGGGAGCAGCAGUUCGGGAGCUCCAGCAAGGCGCUAAACCCAAUUGGUCAAGCUUUCCAGUGAUGUGUUCAAAAGGGUCUCCGGGCGGCUUACACCCCUCCAUCAAGCAAAAGAACAACUGGCGAAGACGCGCUGAUACUUUUUCUAUGGCCUCUCUUCAUAUUCUACCGGGAGGGAGUCAAUUCUCUUUGUAGCGUCUUGUUUUCCAACUCCGCGGCCUGGCGUUUACUCGAGUUCAACUAGCCCAGCCAGGUGUCUCGAAUUUGCCCCUCCAUUCUCCGCUGGCGGACAAUACGACAACCCAGCUCGACCCCUGAGCCUUAAGCUACUGCCGAUUCGAAGGCAAUCGCAUAGUGCCAGUAUAUAACGACCAUGUUACAACUGUCGCAGCUGCCUUGGGCCCUCACAGCGGCCCUGCUGGCAGCGACAUGGCUGCCAUCCACCCUUGCAUCAACUUCGCCAACUGUUAACGUUGCGCUCAAGGCAGCCUUCCCUUCUCCUCCAUACUUGGUCGAGCUGCUAGAAACAGCAGCUCAGGAAAAUGACACAUCGUACUUUGCCCUCCUCGACCGUAUUGCCCAAGGCAGCUUUGCGAGCGCAAAGACGGAUAAAGAGCUGUAUAAUAAGUUCCUCGAAGUCCUACAACAAGAUGGGCACAUCACGAAUCCCGAAGUCCUGUCAACCUUCAAGCUAGCCCUCUCCCUACGAUCAGCAGUACCUCGAAUUGAGGCCCAUUAUCAGUACUACACCACUGCCGUCGAACCGUCGUUGCCAGAGGACCAAGAUGGGUGCGAACACUGGUAUCUGUCUGAUGGCAAGCAGUAUUGUAGUCCAACUAUGGACGUUGACAGAGGGGUCGUUAAGAGUAACACGCAAGAGCGAACCUUGGGCUUCGAUCGAGUACUUGGCAGUGGUCCGCGAGAAGUGGUUCUGUACGCCGACAUAACCUCGCCGACAUUUGCCGAAUAUCACAGCAAGGCAAUGGAAAUUGCGCAAAAGGGAGACGGGCUGUAUCGGGUGAGGUAUAAGCGAAGCCCCGGCCAGCCAACUGAGGCUCUGCCUGUGAACGGCUAUGGUGUCGAACUUGCCCUCAAGAGGACAGACUACAUUGUCAUCGACGACCGGGAGUCAGCAGGAGACACUCCAGGAACUGAUGAUGCCCAGAAGGUUGUUGCCUCGGAAGUUGUUUUGGACCAGGACGAGGAACUGGCAGAUCUCAAGCCCCUAGAGAAGUCUGAGCUGUCAUCUCUUGGAAUGAAGGCUGCAUCUUUUAUCAUGCAGAGUGACUCUCCGUUCGAGACCCUGCUGAAGCUCACUCAAGACUUCCCCAAGUAUUCGAGCUCUAUUGCGGCUCACAAUGUGUCGGCGGAUUUCGAAGCCGAGCACACCGCGAACCGCCAACAACUAGUCCCUCCCGGUCUAAACGUCCUGUGGAUGAACGGUGUCCAGCUGACCGACCGGCAAAUCCAGCCAUUCACCCUGGUCGACAUGCUUCGUCGGGAGCGGAAGCUCAUUAAUGGAGUUCUGGACCUUGGCCUGACUGGUUUCGAGGCUGUGUCCCUCCUGGGCCACACUGAAGUGGCUUCGGUCAAGGCCGCUGAAGAGGGAGCGCGCCGAUUCGACUGGCGAGAUGAGAUUGAAGACGGCAAGGUUAUCAUCUGGCUGAACAACAUCGAGAAAGACAAGCGAUACGAGGAGUUCCCGGACUCAGUCAUGUUCCUGCUCAACCCUACCAUGCCUGGGCAGCUCCCGCAGGUUCGCCGGGAUAUCUUCAACUUGAUCGUUCCCGUGGAUUUCAGCAAGCUAAGCGACCUCCAACUGAUCGUGGACCAGCUCCUAGGCUUCGUGAAGAGGCUGGUCCCCAUCCGGUUCGGUCUAGUCCCACUUACCCCCACCGGACAGGCAAUUGAACAAGCCAAAAUCAUAUAUCAUCUGCUCGAGAACUAUGGCCUCACAGCUGUGGCAACAUAUCUCCAGCACUGGGUUGAGGAACAGAAGGCUCCCAAAUCCAACCAGGCUGUUUUUGAACAGGCCACCAAGGACCGUCAUCUUCGCCCAGAGGCCACUCCUCUCCCAUUCAGCGAUAUUGCCACCUCUGAACACCAUGAACAGCAAAUCCACCUGGCCAAGCAUUGGACGGAGCGGCUGAACUCGGACACCACCGUGCCCCCAGUCUUCUUCAAUGGCUUCCCCUUUCCACGUGAGCCGGGCUGGCUCUCGACGAUGCAACAGAGGCUUUCGCAGGAUCUCCGGAGUGUACAGGAAGGCCUUUUCUACGGUGCCGUCGAGGAGAGCAUGUGGCUUCCGAAUCUCUUCCUUCAGGAUGCUGCGACUCGACGGAACAUACUCAUCUUCCCCGAAGAUAAGGCGGCUCUCACGGUUGUAAACAUCAACAAAGUUUACACGGAACACCAGGAUCUUUUCAGCCGAGUGCCAGUCCUUGAGGCGGUAGAGUCGUCAAGCAGAGAUGAUUGGGCGACUCUUACGGUGGUUGCAGAUCUAACCAAUGUCGAGGGGCAGAAGCUACUGUUUUAUGCGUUGCAAUUCCACCUCGAAAAUCCUGGAGUUCGCUUGGACAUCGUCCACAACCCCGCGGAGUCGUCAGUCUCACCGUCCGUGAUCAAUCGACGGAUAGUAACGCAGAAGGAUACUCUGCCAACGAUCCAGAGACUGCUCGACCUGGAAAGCGUCCUUGAAGGGGGCGAGGAUGAGCCAGAUUCGAAGUUCGACGCCGCCCUGGCUCGCUUCCUGGCCGCUACAAACAUCAGGCCAGGGGACAACACGCUGAUACUAAGCGGUCGUGUUGUCGGGCCGAUCCCCUCGGCCGAAUCCUUCAAGAAGGAAGACUUCCAGCAGCUCCUCAACUUUGAGCGGGCUAGUAGGAUCAUCCCAGUCUACAAGGCCAUCGACGACCUUGGCCUUGGCGACAAGGUGUCGGGCCCAUUGGCCGCGGCCAAGUUGUCAUCCAUCACCGCUCUCUCUACCAUGUCAGACCUGCCCGAGGGGAUCUUCGAGUCUGCCCCAUCCCUCCGCAUCACUGCCUUCAAGGUCUGGAAUUCGACCCAUACCGCAUUCGAAGUGGGCGACGCGUCUACUGCGACUAUCCACCUGGUUGCCGCCCUGAACCCUGCCAGUGAGCUUGGCCAGAAAUGGGCACCGAUCCUAAAGGUGUUGUCCGAGUUGGAAGGAGUUCACUUGCAGGUCUUCUUAAAUCCUAAAGCUGAGCUAUCCGAACUGCCAGUCAAGCGGUUCUACAGAUACGUACUCGACUCGGCCCCAACUUUCGACGGGACUGGGAAAAUCAAGGCUCUCUCGGCCAAUUUCGCCGGUAUCCCCUCCGAGGCCCUUCUUACUGCUGGCCUGGAUGUGCCCCCAGCCUGGCUCGUCUCGUCUAGGGUCGCAAUCGAUGACCUUGAUAACCUGAAGCUCAAAGAAAUCAAGUCCAGGAGGAAUGUCGACCGCGUCGAGGCCGUUUUCGAGCUGGAGCACAUUCUUGUUGAGGGUCACUCGAGGGAGUUACCCGGUGGCGGAGCGCCGCGUGGAGUGCAGUUGGUUCUGGCCACCGAGACGGAGCCGCACUUCGCAGAUACAAUCAUCAUGGCAAACCUCGGCUACUUCCAGUUCAAGGCAAAUCCGGGUGUUUACGCCAUCCACCUCGAGGAAGGCCGAACAUCAGACAUCUUCAACAUCGAGAGCAUCGGUGCUUCGGGUUGGAAGCCGGUCCCCGGCGACGAGGGUGCCGAGGUCAUAUUGAUGGACUUCCAAGGCACUACCUUGUAUCCCCGGCUGAGCCGCAAACCCGGCAUGGAGCUCGAGGAUGUCCUCGAGGAUACCAAGCCCGAAAGCGCGGGGGCUGCUAUGGACUUUGUCUCCAAGGGGCUGAAGUUCGCCGGGGGUAUCCUUGGCGGGGGAGGCAAGGGCAAGGGCAAGGCCGCCGUCAUGAGCAAGUCCGAGACCGAGCACGCCGAAAUCAACAUCUUCUCGGUGGCCAGCGGACACCUGUACGAGCGCAUGCUCAAUAUCAUGAUGGUCAGCGUGAUGCGGCACACCAACCACACGGUCAAGUUCUGGUUCAUCGAGCAGUUCCUUUCGCCGUCGUUCAAGGACUUCAUCCCGACCAUGGCGGCCGAGUACGGGUUCAAAUACGAGAUGGUGACGUUCAAGUGGCCGCACUGGCUCCGGCAGCAGAAGGAGAAGCAGCGCGAGAUCUGGGGCUACAAAAUCCUCUUCCUCGACGUGCUCUUCCCGCUCUCGCUCGACAAGGUCAUCUUCGUCGACGCGGACCAGAUCGUGCGGACCGACAUGUACGACCUGACGCAGCACGACCUCGGCGGCGCACCGUACGGCUUCACGCCCAUGUGCGACAGCCGCGUCGAGAUGGAGGGGUUCCGGUUCUGGAAGCAGGGCUACUGGGCCAACUACCUCCGCGGCCUGCCCUACCACAUCUCGGCCCUCUACGUCGUAGACUUGCGGCGCUUCCGCGAGCUCGCCGCCGGCGACCGCCUCCGGCAGCAGUACCACACGCUCUCGGCCGACCCCAACAGCCUGUCCAACCUCGACCAGGACCUGCCGAACCACAUGCAGUUCGUCAUCCCCAUCCACAGCCUGCCGCAGGACUGGCUUUGGUGCGAGACGUGGUGCAGCGACGACACCCUCGCCACCGCGAGGACCAUCGACCUGUGCAACAACCCGCAGACAAAGGAGCCCAAGCUCGACCGCGCCAGGCGCCAGGUGCCCGAGUGGACCGAGUACGACGAGGAGAUCGCCGCCCUCGACAGGCGGCGCAAGGCCAGGGCGGCCGCAGCCGAGGCCGUGGCGCCCAGGCCCGACGGCGACGUCGGGUCUCCGCAGGAGGCGCUGCACGGCGGGGAGGAGAAGAAGAAGGCGCAUCCGAAGCCGACUAUUCGGAGGUUCGAGGACGGGGAGAUCGUCAAGGAGACACAUGGGAAGAAGGACGAGUUGUAGUGUGUGUGGGUGGGUUCCUGCGGGCGAAGGGGUGCGCGGGUGUGAUUGUAUUGUAUAUGUUGCAAUCUAGGUAGUUUAGAGCAAGUUAUAUAUGUGCUAUGGA